AGGGAGGUGACUCUGCUUCCGUUUCUGGUUUUGCUCCAGUGUUUAGGUUUUCUUAGCGGCCGCCCAAGAUGAACCGAUUCUUCGGGAAAGCGAAACCCAAGGCUCCGCCGCCCAGCUUGACUGACUGCAUUGGCACGGUGGACAGCAGAGCAGAAUCCAUUGACAAGAAGAUUUCUCGGCUGGAUGCUGAACUAGUGAAGUAUAAGGAUCAGAUCAAGAAGAUGAGGGAGGGACCUGCAAAGAAUAUGGUCAAGCAGAAAGCCUUGCGGGUUUUAAAGCAAAAGCGGAUGUACGAGCAACAGCGGGACAAUCUCGCCCAACAGUCAUUUAAUAUGGAGCAAGCCAACUACACCAUCCAGUCAUUGAAGGACACCAAGACCACGGUUGAUGCUAUGAAAUUGGGAGUAAAGGAAAUGAAGAAAGCAUACAAGCAAGUGAAAAUUGACCAGAUUGAGGAUCUACAAGACCAGCUAGAGGAUAUGAUGGAAGAUGCAAAUGAAAUCCAAGAAGCACUGAGUCGUAGUUACGGCACCCCAGAAUUAGAUGAAGAUGACCUCGAAGCAGAGUUGGAUGCACUGGGCGAUGAGCUUCUGGCCGAUGAAGACAGUUCUUAUUUGGAUGAAGCAGCAGCUGCACCCGCAAUUCCAGAAGGUGUUCCCACUGACACGAAGAACAAGGAUGGAGUCCUGGUGGAUGAAUUUGGAUUGCCACAGAUCCCUGCUUCGUAGACUUGCAUCAUUCAAGUACAUCGUGUAGAAUAAACGCAUAUUCUGGGACUGGGGAAUAUUUAUCUUUCCAAGUUUGCCAUAACACAUUUAGGUUUCUUUCCUUUCCUUGGAGGAAAAUUAAUUAUUUUGCUUUUUUUUUUUUUUCCGAUAAGAGACUCAUUGCUUGGAGGAGGCUUUCCUUAUACUAAAUUUUUAUUCCUUUUCUCUUAUGAAAGACUAACUUACUUAAAAUUAUCAUUGGAUAUGUCCGUCUUAAUUCCUUAAUAAUAAUUUUGAAAUAAAACCAAGGAAAUGGAAAUCUUUUAAGUUCUGUGACAGCAUAUCUCCACAAUCUCAAAUUGACCUGAUAAAUUGAUGGCAAAGAUGAGAAUGGUGGCACUGUCCAUAUUAUGAUUCAAAACCAUUUUCUCUUGUGGUGUUAUAGGUUGGUUAAAGUGAUGGCCUUUCUGGGUGAGUUUUCUUGUGUCUUGUGAGUAAAUCAUUACUGUGUCCAGUAUUGGAAUGGAAUUAUCACUACUGUAUCAUGGGUGGAUAUUUUGAUUCUGUGGUUCCUUCAGUAUUACAGCUGACUUGUAAUCAGUAAUGAAUAUUUCUUGAUAUUUAAUGUAUAGGACAUUUAUUUAUACUCAAUAAAUAUUUUUCAAAAGGA